AUCGGGAUCGUGCUGGUGGCGUCAAUGAGCAGUGACCGGUCAAGAUGAAACACUCGUUUUGUUUAACGGUCUUUGUCGUGUGCGCUGUGGUGGGGUACGGGCUAGUAGCAGCCGCGCCACCAUCGUCCUCUGCUAUUGCCGGAGCCACUCAUGAAAAUCUGGAGCCACUAAGACGAGUUGCGAGACAAAUGCCUCAACCACCUCCACCUCCCGAAGGAAUGCCGCCGCCGCCACCACCGCCGCCUGAAAUGACAAUGCCACAAGGAAUGAAUUUUGUUCGAAAGAGGCGUGAAGCCAAGGGUGGAGGUUCAAUGCCAACAAGAAAAGGUUAAAGUGCCUCGAUGUCAACGCAAUGGAAUAACGAAAAUGGACUUUGUUUAACUACUAUCGAUUUCACAGAUCUGUGUAUAAAUUAGAUUUAAUAAAUUAUGUAGCAAGCAUACACUGUUUUAAUCAUAGGCAUUAUAGAGUAAAACAGGCCUCCGGAUAUAAUAACCUCGGUUAUCUUUUUGAGAAAUGGCUGUACCUAAUAUUGAAUCUUUGCCUUAUCCUACCUGAAGUAAUGAAAAUGUCACUACUACUACUUGACAUGACAUUUGUAUAUUAGAUUAGAUUUUUACAUUCGACCGAAAAAUGAAGAUCCUUUUUAUUAAUUUCCAAUAGUAGAUAGAUUACUAUACAUUCAAUAAGUUUAAUUCGGUAUUAGUUUUGAAAUACAUAUAUAAUAAUGUUGCGAAGUUUAGCAAAAACCUCAGCUAGAGUUCCCAACCUAGGAAGCAAAGUAAAAUUCCCUGCAAGACUAAAAGGGACAAUUGUUGAAAAAUGGGCAGAUUACUGGAAAAAUCUGUUCAUUGACUACAAACAAAUGCUGAUAGAUUUACGCAAUGAUAUUCAAGAUGAGCCCAAGAAAGCAUUUAAGUGGACUGUAGGAUUGGGGAUGCUGUAUCUGCUUGGCAAGAAUAACCCUGAUGAACUGGACUUUAAAGACAACUUGAAAAGAAUCGGCAACGACAUCGUUAUGGUUAGUGAACCUUGUCAGAAUCCAAAAUCCAUAGAACACUUAAGAUUUCUUGAAACUUGUUACAAUGCUGGAGUUAUUCAUUACAGUAACCUCGGAAUAGCUUCAAUUAUGUAUACUUCAGAACUGAAUGAUAGUUGCGACUUGUACAAAUCUCAGUGCAAAUACCUACAGCCAUCUUACUUUAGUUUUCCAUCGAGAAUUGUUGAUGUUGGCUUCAUGGGUCGUUGGUGGAACAUUUAUAUAAAGACAAGUAAUUAUGAUGUUAAUUAAAGCUUUGGACAUAAAUAAUUAACUUUUAUUGUAUAAUGUAGUAGAGGAUCCUAUUAAAUAUUGUUGAGAAUCAAGAGUCCUUGUUACUACAUGCAGGCUUUAGUCAAAUGUUGCAGAUAUGAAAUAAAAAUGUAUAUUUGUUGAAGAGAA